GUUUUUAAUUUACGUCACUUUCCAGAAUCCCCCUUCAAGUCGUCGAAGAAGCUUCGUGAGACCCUGAGCAGCGACGUACUGUAAUUCCAGUCUGGCCGACGCCUCUGUCUGAAACCCUUUAUAUUUUUAUACAACAAGCCGACUUCCAACAUCGUCGAUACAAUACAGGCAGGAUGUCUCUGUAUCCAUCCCUCGAGGACCUAAAGGUCGACAAGGUGAUGAAGGCCCAGGCACAGUUCGCCCACACCACCACCAACACUGCUGCCAUGCCAGCCAUCACCGAGGGAGGUGACCAGCAACAGCCUGCCACUGCUGGGAUGCCUUCAUCCUGCUUAUACCCAAACCUGGAGGAGCUGGGAGAGUACAUGGGCCUGAUCCUCAACAGCGAUGAAGUGCAGAGGAACUUGGCCUUGUUGCCCGCAGCCAACAAUCAGGUGGCGGUGCCCUCCUACUCAGGUGUCGGGGGGAUGGUGUGUCCAGUGACGGGGACGGAUGUCGGCAUCAGGAGAGCUGAGGUUCGCCAGGGGCUGCGGGAAAUUAUUCUCUGCAAGGACCAGGACAGUAAGGUCGGACUCCGCCUCAGGGCAAUUGACAACGGAGUGUUUAUCCAGCUGGUGCAGGCCAACUCCCCGGCCGCUUUGGCUGGGCUGCGCUUUGGGGACCAGGUUCUUCAGAUUAAUGGCCAGAACUGUGCGGGGUGGAGUGUUGAUAAGGCCCACAAGGUUCUGAAAGCUGCAGCAGAGACCCGCAUUGAGCUUAUUGUCCGUGACAGGCCAUUUCAACGCACUGUCACCAUGCACAAAGACAGCUCGGGCCACGUGGGCUUCAUCUACAAAUCUGGUAAAAUCACAUCGUUGGUCAAGGAUGGCUCUGCAGCCCGCAAUGGCCUGCUGACUGACCAUUACAUCUGUGAGAUCAAUGGACAGAAUGUGAUUGGACUCAAGGAUUCCCAGAUUAAGGAUAUUUUGAACACAUCCCCAACCGCCAUGACCAUCACCAUCAUGCCCAAGUUCAUCUACGAACACAUGAUUAAGAGGAUGUCCACCAGCCUGCUGAAGUCGGCCAUGGAUCACUCCAUCCCAGAGGUGUGACGGUCAGGAACGGGUCACCAAGAUCUCUCUCUCUUCUCCUUCGUCUGUCACUUUCUGCCUCCUGUAUCAUCAACGCCUUCAUUUAUCAACAUAAACUAUCAACAAUGCCUUUGUUAUAUCAUUCAGUAAUUUUAUGUUUACAAAUCUCCUCCUCCGCUGAAACACGUAGUUCCAUUUUUUGUAAUUUUUUAAAUGUUGUCCAUGUAGUCCAAAUGGCGACGCGUUUUAUUUUUGUAGUUCCGAGAGGUUUUUUUUAAAAUUUCAAACCAUGCAAAUUUGCAAGUCCAGAGCUUCCUCCGCGCGAUGGAGACGAUCGUUCAUUUCAUUCACCAUGUCGUCCAAGAUGCUGUAACGGUCAGCCACCUGAGCCCCACCGACUGUGCGCACUCGGGAUCUGUGCUCACUUAGAAUUGUCCAAAGCUUAGGCGUUCUUCUUUGGUCAGUAGAGCUCGCGGAUUUUAGCGUGUUAAUUUUAAGGGUUUGUCAUUUUAUCUGUGUGUGUGUGGGGAGGGGGGAUAGUGUUGCCACUGACUGUGAUUGCAUGGACAAUAAAUGAAUACAAACCAGAUUUUGGGAAUGAGAUUCAAUCUCCUAACAACGAAAAAAGAUCACAUUGUGAGCAAGCAAUAAACAGGUUUAUGCUGCAUUCUACAGCAGCUUGGAAAUUUGAACUAUCCCACUUGAAAACCCGGUGUAAAGUCAACAACAACAAAAAGUCUUCUUCGUAAAACCCAUUGUAGUUCUGCUGGAAAGCUACCGCUUUGUAGAUCUGACAAUAACAAACUUUUUUUUUUAAUUUACCAAAUUACUUCAGAGAGAAUAAUAGGAAUAUGCAUUUAGACGAGUUCCCAUUGAUAUCUACAAUUACUAAUAAUACAGAUACCUACAAAUUAAUCUCCGAAUGCUUUAGCAAUGUUCCCAAUUGUGUAAAACCGAGUCUUCAACAUGGUGCGUUUCGAUUUCGGUGGCAUUUUGUGCCGCUCGUGUAUUAUUCUAAUGACACCAUGGGCCCCAGCUCCAAUUCGACUCUUCUCAGUUGUCCGUGGAAUCACAGCCAAUGGGAUGAGAGCUUAUUUUUAUGCUGCUUGGAUGAGCAAAGAAGUCAAAUGAUAAUGGCUGCAGCCUCCCCCGUAUUAGCGUUAGCUGUGCCAGCAAAAUUGUUGACGUUCCAUGUCCAAAUCCGCACGUUGUAGGCUGGAUCAUAGCGCAUUGUGGGGUUGGCCAUCACAAUAGUUUCAUUUGCUCCUUAUGAUCAUUUCAAGGGGUGGGGUCGGGUAUGUGCUGGGUGGACCCACUAAGUGCACUUUCCACCAACUUUUUUUUUUUUAAAUAUUAUCUUUCCUGUUUCAAUUUCAAAAGCUGUUUUGUUGUCGUGGUUGAAAUUAUUGUGCGUGUCGUGCCUCUUGUCAACAAAACGAACCUGUAAAAUGUUCCCUACAAGAAGCUGCUCAUAUUAGAUGCUGAAAAUUUACCUUUUUAAUUAGAAGGGUACAGCUACCCUCUUGCCUCCCUUCCCUUCCCCUGCUGUACUUUUUCCAAAAGAUGAGCACAACAAAACCGGGGCAGCGUUUUUUUUUCUUUUUUCAUUUCCUUUCUUUUUUUACUUCAAGUUGCUCCUUUUUGGGCGCAUGUAUUCUUUCUGAUUUUCUGGGUAUGCAAUAUGAUAGAAAUCCUCCACAUUCUGUUAAAAGAAAAGUUUAUAUGAAUGUAACCAAGAUAAUGCUAUUGUGUAACAAAUAAACAGUCUUUCUGUUCA